AUGAUUCAUUCCCUUUUGGCCUUUUAUGCAGCUACCGGGCUUUGGGAAGCCACCGACCCGAGCCACCGUGGUUGUCGUCUCGGCCACCCUUGUAUCGUGACAGACGUAAGGGCAUGUGCACGGUUAUUAUAUCUUGCGAAGUUCCAUCACAGUUAUGGGAGCUGCGUAGACUGGAGUCCCGAUCACAUCUUCUGUGUCGAACUGGACUCUGUCGAUGAGAGACAAGCGUUCCCGGCAUGUGCCGAAUGCGGUGUUCUCAUUGAGAUCCAAGGGCUAAUUCUUGCCAACCGAAGACUCUUGGAUGACGGGACCCAAGUUUCUACGGACGAGGACUUUCGUAUCGUUGAGAGGAGUCUUAGCGGAUACCUGCGGGCGUAUGAGCUGAGGAGGGAUGCCCACGUACGAGAUCUGAUAAAAGCAAAGAGUGGCUUGCUAAGGGAGGAGUUGCAAUAUGCCCAAAGUGGUAUUUCGCCGUCGAGACUCAAAGAUGAGGAAGUGGAAGAAAAUAGCUUAUAA